AUGAGUGAGCUCUUAGGCGAAAUCCUGAAAAUAGAAUAUUGUCCUCAACCACCGAGACAAACUCGACAAAAUGGCGGCUCCGCUUCGGAGGGGCGUGAGCCCCCACAGUCCCCACAUCUCCCUCAGUCUCCACAGCUCCCUCAGUCCCCACAGCUCCCUCAGUCCCCACAACUCCCUCAGUCCCUACAGUCCCACCAGUCCCCAGAGUCCCAACAGUCUCCACAGCUCCCUCAGUCCCCAAGUCUCUCUAAUAUAACCAAUAACAACGAACCUGAUACCGAAUACCUGAAGGAACAUGUUCUGAAACACAGCACCAAAGAUGAUUGCUGGAUAAUAAUCCACGAUCAGGUGUACGACGUGACGAACUUCCUCGCUGAACACGUGGGCGGUGAAGACGUUAUUCUGGAGUGCGGUGGCCAGGACGCCACCGAAGAAUUCGGCCAAAAAGGCCACUCGCCUGAAGCCGUCCAAAUGCUUCAACCUUACAGAAUCGGCGUACUACGAAGUGAGAAACGCCAGAGUUAAUUUUUAUUUAAAAUGAAUUACUGAUUCCGAUCAUUCAUGAGCUAUUAAAAGUAAUUUCUUUAUUACGUUUAAAACUUUUGCCUCAUAUUUAGUAAUGGUUGUUGCGAGUUAUUAUUAAGGCUAAUUUCUAUGUUAUGUUCUAAACUUUUGCCUCAUAUUUACUCAUGGUUGUUUCGAGUUAUUAUUAAGACUAAUUUCUUUGUUAUGUUCUAAACUUUUGCCUCAUAUUUAGUCAUGGUUGUUUCGAGUUAUUGUUGAAACUAAUUUCUUUGUUAUGUAUAAAACUUUUUCACUAUGUUUAGACAUAAUUAGUGCGAGAAGAAAGCAUGGCGAAGCAAUAGCAAAAUUCUUGAGCGGCAAAAUUCCUCAUGGUUUGUAUUCAGCGAACCAAAGUUUUUAGACGAUGAUAGAAUUACAUCGCAAGGUGCCACUUAUGCAUUUCAUUUCCCUCGAAAAGCCGUUCCAGUUUGAAAAGUUUUCCUCAUCCGGAUAUUAUCGGCAAUUUUUUUGUACUUAAAUGGUUCACUAACUUUAGGCAAAUAAGAAAAAAUUGUGGUUUAAUUUUGUAAGCAAAUGUUUAAAAAGGGUAUCCAUGCUUUCAAUUAUAUUUUUUACAAGAAUUUUUUGGACAUCCAUUGCUUCUUGCAGUUUUUAUACAUAGAGAAACAUGAGUAGAAAUCUCAGUUAAAAUUACGCGACCUUUACCUGCUGAUCGAAUGUUUCACUUUCCCUGAGUGACUAGUCUAUACGAAUAUAUGAUUAAAAUAAUAAUUAAUAAUUACCUUAUGCAUCUGUCUCUCGUAUAUUAUCUGUUUUUGGUUCAAAUAAUUUACCAAGGCAACCUAUUAUGUUCGUUCUAUUUUUCCUUAGUUUUAUCUAAAAAUCCUUUUUUUUAGCGUCGGCCUUUGAAAUAAAUGUUAAAUGUGCCAUUUUCAAGAUGAAGGAACUGGUAAAUUAAUUGUAUUUAAAUGUGUUUAGCGGUAAGAGAUAAACACAAUCAAAUAAUGUAUGAUUUAAUUGGAUAAUGUAAAGCCGUCAAAUUCAACACGUACAUGUAUAACUGGAAUGAACACUGACCAAAGAAAAUUUGAACACGGCUACCACUUUUUAAUUU